AAAAUUCAACAAAAUUAUUUAUAAAAUUAAAAAAAAAACAGAAACAACAACCGGACUUAUAAUGAACGAAUAUAUUGAUUUCAUAAACAAAUUACAACAAUAUGUCGAUGAAUCUAAAUGGAUCGAAUUAACAUUGGUAGAAGAUAGAUGGAAUCUUGUACAGGAAUUUAUUGAACAAAAUAUGGAAAACUAUACGGAUUGUGAAAAACUUUUGUAUUGUUUUGAAAAAUCGAAAUCAUUGGCAAACAGAAUAUCUUUCAUUGAAGCUCGUAAAUCUUUUCGUCAAGAUCAUUCGUUGGUCAUCGCUUAUAAUCGAUUACGAAAUAAAGUAACAUCGGAAGAAAGUUGUCCGAUUCAUCGAAAAAAGUUUAGGACUCAUCCAAUUAUGUUUAAUCAUUUGCGAUCAUAUCAUCCGGAUGUUUAUGUUGGAUACAAAGCCUGAACCUUUACCGGCCUUGGAAUCGGGAUAAUUCAUUUUGAUUCUAUGCUCAUCAUUUCAACAAUUUUUUUUUCAAAUAAAUUUU